AUGAAAAAUUAUUUUGAUGCUACAUUUGGGAAAGGAUAAUGUUUGAUAUUUAAAUUGAAAGUUUAUAAAAUUUUAGAAGUUUUUCCUUUAGGAACAUAAGGAAUUGUAUAUAAAGUUUAAGAACGAAAUAAAGAUAAUAAAUUUGCUUUAAAAAUUGUGAAUUAGAUGUCUGAAAAAGAAUUAGAAAUAACAAAGUGGCUUUAAAAAAAUCAUCAUAAAAAUAUUGUCAAUAUAUUAGACUUUUCUAUCCAAGACCAAAAGGUUUUUAUUUUAAUGGAAUGUUGUGAAUAGAAUUUAUAUGAAAAAAUAAAUAACAAACUAUUAGAUUAAAAAGAAUUAAGAUAUUUUAUGAUUAGUAUUGCAAGAGGAUUAUAAUUUUUACAUUCUCAUUAAAUAAUACAUAGAGAUUUAAAGCCUGAAAAUAUACUUAUUUAAACCCUGACAGAUAAAAAUAAUGAAUAAUUAACAUAAAUUAUAUAUAAAAUAGCAGAUUUCGGUUUAUCUUUGUAAUAAUAAUAAGCCUAGACUAAAUAUAUAGGAACAUGCUAUUAUAUGGCUCCAGAGCUAAUUAAUGAUAUUAAUUAACCUUAUGACCAUAAAGUUGACAUAUGGUCUUUGGGAACUAUUGUGUAUGAAUUAAUUAAAGGAAAAACAUUAUUUGAAGGUUUUACAAUUUAAUAAAUCUAUGAAAAAAUUAAAAACUCAAAUAUGGCUGAGAAUUAAAAAUUAUUAAAUGAAAAACUUUCAAUUAUUGAAGAUGAAUGUUUUUUUGAAUUAGUAACCAAUAUGUUAAAAUAUAAUCCUGUUGAGAGAUAUGAUAUAUAUUAAGUUAUUAACAAAUUAUCGAAUAAAGAUGAAAAUAUAAUAAGAAAUAGGAGUACAAGUUGUAAUAUUAUUGAAGCUUCCAAUCAAUAAUAAUAACAUAAGAUUACCAAUUUUAAAAGGAGCUUUUUUAUACCUGACUUGAUACCAAACAAUUUUCCGAUUUAAUAAUAAUUAUUGAAUUAAAAUAUUCCAGAAAUCCAAAAUAUUAAUGGAUAAAACAUAUAACUUAAUUUUAAUUAAAAUCACAAUAUUAAAUAUAGCUAUUACUAAUAAAAGUGGAAAAAGUGA